AUGGUGAAUGAGCCUAAUCCUUCAGCUGCACAUAUCGAUGAACUAUUCAAACAGGUUUGAUAAGUACUCUACUCUUAUGGUCCUGGAUUACUGUAGGCCUUCUGUGCUCCCCCAUUGGUCAACCUUUAAUAAGUGCUAGCGCAACAAGAAAUUGGAUUUUAAUAUUGCCAUUAUAUUUUGUACCAACAAAAUGUCAAAUAUGUGUACUGUAAUCAUCCCAAAAGCCUUCAAUACAUUUCUGCUAAUUUGAACUAUAGGCGUCUGCCUGGGUUAAGCUAUUUGUGUCUCUUGGUGGUAAAGUGGAAGGAUGUGGGAAGAAACAAGUCACACCAUACAUGCAUUGCUUGGUUUAUCAUGUGCCAAACUUUAUGAAGAAACAUGGUGGUGUAAAGAAAUUCACAGGACAAGGUAAUAUUUUCCAUAUUUGCUUAAAUAGUUUAUUAGUAACUAAUCUUGAACAAGUACUGUAUAUAAUCAGCAUACCUUUUCACUGAAUUUAUAGGGGUCGAGAAGAAGAAUGAUGAUGUACGGAAAUACCAUUUGACCAAAUCAAACAAGUGGGAUGCACCUAAAGAUGUCCUACUUGUGGGCAAACGGUUACAGGUCACAAGUGAACAAGAACGAACAACAAGAACCUACCACAAAAGGAAUGUUGAUUAUUGGUCUCAUGAUAUUAAGGAAGCACGAAGCAAACGGCGCCGGAAAUUGUUAGAUUCUCCCUGUCCUACAUCGCAAGAAAGCAAUUCAGACGACACUUUAGAUGUUGAAAGUCUCUCAAUUGCAGAAGUCAAGGAAAG